UCAGCACAGCAAAAUUCAACCACAUAAAACAAAGCAUCCACGACAAAUGGAGAAGAAAGUUGUCAUCAUCGGAGGUGGUGUCGCCGGUGCCGUCCUUGCUAAAACUCUUCAAAAUCAUGCCAAUGUCACUCUUAUCGAUCCGAAGGAAUAUUUUGAGAUUCCAUGGGCAGCUUUGAGGGCCAUGGUUGAGCCAUCUUUUGGGGAGAGGAUAGUGGUCAACCAUAGAGAUUACUUCAAAAAAGGCAACCUCGUUACAUCCAGUGCCGUCAAUAUAACUGAAACUGAAGUCUUAACUGACGAUGGUUCUCAGAUUCCCUACGACUUUCUUGUUAUUGCCACUGGACAUAAAGAACCUCUUCCAAAAACUAGGACUGAAAGACUCGACUACUACAGAGCAGAACAUGAAAAGAUAAAAUCUGCAAGUUCAAUUCUGAUAGUUGGAGGGGGACCUACGGGUGUGGAACUUGCCGGAGAGAUUGCUGUUGAUUUUCCCGAGAAGAAGGUGACUCUAGUGCACAAAGGAACAAGGUUGCUGGAAUUCAUUGGGCCUAAGGCUUCCAAGAAGGCCUUAAAGUGGUUGAAAGCAAAGAAAGUUGAAGUGAAACUAGAGCAAUCAGUCAAUUUGGACUCGGUUUCAAACAAUGCAUACCAAACUUCAGGAGGAGAAACCAUCGAGGCAGAUGUUCAUUUUCUUUGCACAGGCAAACAGCUUGGCUCAGCGUGGCUCAGAGAAACUAUAUUAAAGGAUCACUUGGAUUCCGAGGGAAGGAUCCAGAUUGAUCAGAAUUUACGAGUCAAGGGCCGGAACAACAUUUUUGCAAUAGGAGAUAUUACUGAUGUUCCGGAACUUAAACAAGGGGCGAAUGCAGGAGAGCAUGCUCAAGUGGUUGCAAAGAAUUUGAGAGUAUUGAUAGGGGAAGGAAAAGACAAGAAACUAGGAGAAUAUAAGGCACGGCCUGCUGUAGCAAUUGUUUCACUUGGAAGGAAACAGGGGCUUGCACAGUUCCCUUUCAUGACGGUGCUUGGAAGGUUCCCAGGCAUCAUCAAGUCUGGUGAUUUGUUUGUGAGCAAAACAAGAAAGGAUUUGGGAUUGGAACCUAAAUAGGUUGAUAUUUGUGAGUGGUGUGUUAUGUACAGAUUUGUUUAAGCUCUUUGUCAUCUGUCAUGUCCCCAGCUUGAUAAUUUUGUUCAGUGUCAUUUCUCUUCUUCAAAAAAAGAAACGUUGUCUGUAAUGCUUCUGUUAAGAGUUUGAAUACUACGAGUGUUGUUGAUUAAGAUGAGAGUGUUUACAUCAGUCAGAAGAUGCAUCUACCUGUUGAUAUUAAAUCAAUGGAGCUUUAUUUGUUUGGUGUUCAUGUAGUUGAUUCUAAAGUGAUUUCAGCUU